CAUUUUCCGGCACGAACGAUAGUCGAUAGGGUUUUUUCUUCAGUUCAUGCGAAGACUUGCAUCAACCAACCUGCUUUCUUUUCUUCGUUGCCGCCCCCAUUAUCGUUUCUUUACCUCUAACUUGAAUCUAAAGCAAAAAGAAAUAAUGUUGGACAUCAAUUUGUUCAGAGAGGAUAAAGGAGGUAACCCUGAAUUGAUUAGAGAAUCUCAACGCCGUCGUUUUGCCGACGUUGCAAUCGUCGAUGAGAUUAUCAAGCUCGAUCAGGAAUGGCGGAAACGUCAAUUUGAGCUUGAGAGUUUACGGAAGGAUUUCAAUCGGAUUAAUAAAGAAGUGGCACGGUUGAAGAUUGCUGGUGAGGAUGCAUCUGAGAUGAUAAGGAGUACCGAAGAGAACAAGAAGUCUAGUGCAGAAAAAGAUGCGGAAGUUCAAGAAGUUAAGGCUGCAUUGUAUGCGAAAUUGGAAUUGAUAGGAAACCUGGUUCAUGAUUCAGUCCCUGUUAGCAAGGAUGAGGCCAAUAAUGUUGUUAUUAAAACUUGGGGAGAAAGGCGUGUCGAGCCAAAGCUCAAAAACCAUGUUGAGCUCGUUGAGCUGCUUGGAAUUGUAGAUACAAAGAAAGGAUCCAAUGUUGCUGGUGGUAGAGGUUUUUACUUGAAAGGUGAUGGUGUGCUUCUUAAUCAAGCUUUGAUAAACUUUGGUCUUGCUUUUCUAUCAUCCAAGGGAUAUACACCUUUGCAGACUCCGUUCUUCAUGAGAAAAGAUAUCAUGGCAAAAUGUGCACAAUUAGCCCAAUUUGAUGAAGAGCUUUACAAGGUAACAGGUGAGGGAGAUGACAAGUAUUUAAUUGCCACUGCUGAGCAACCACUCUGUGCUUUUCACUUGGAUGAUUGGAUUCAUCCUUCGCAACUCCCUAUAAGAUAUGCUGGUUACUCGUCAUGCUUUCGAAAAGAGGCAGGUUCUCAUGGACGAGAUACUCUUGGAAUUUUCCGAGUACAUCAGUUCGAGAAAGUUGAACAAUUUUGCAUGACUAGUCCAAAUGGGAAUGAUUCCUGGGAAAUGCACGAAGAGAUGUUAAAAAACUCGGAAGAAUUCUACCAGCAGUUGGGUCUUCCUUAUCAGAUAGUGUCCAUUGUUUCUGGUGCCCUGAAUGAUGCUGCAGCAAAGAAAUAUGAUUUGGAAGCUUGGUUCCCUGCAUCUAGCACAUUCCGAGAGUUGGUGUCAUGUUCGAACUGUACAGACUACCAGUCUAGGAGAUUAGAAAUUCGUUAUGGGCAGAAAAAGAGUAAUGAACAAACAAAGCGAUACGUCCAUUUGUUGAAUUCUACGCUGACAGCUACUGAAAGAACCUUGUGCUGUAUUCUAGAGAACUAUCAGAGGGAAGAUGGGGUUGAAAUUCCCGAAGUCUUACGACAAUAUGUCUUAGGGAAGACAUUCUUACCUUUCCAGAGCAAACCUGUCCCAGAAGCAAAGGGGAAGAAGUCUAAAGCUUAAGCCUAUGUGCUAUUCCUAUCGAUUGAAAUUGUAAGACUAGUAAGUUUUGACAAGUAAAGAUUGAGAUGCUUGCAAGUAUUGCUUGAUCGUUCGAAGAGGUUUUACCAUGUCAUUUUUUGAUGCUCAAAAAGUCAAAACUGUUGAUGGGUUCAUCUUUUCAAUUUAACCUUAACCAAGGGAUUGUUGCACUUGUAGUAGAGUCGACCAAUAUUUGUUCUUGUACUCAUGUUUUGAUAAUUUAACGUCAUUCUCUUUCAAA